CCUCCUGGCCGACUGCUCUUUCAAAAGAACAAGAGCAAAGUACCAGAGACAGCAGAUCCCGCCGCCCAGCAAAACGGACUUAAGUUGAGCCUGGGCACGAGCGCAGGGGCUAGAACAGAAUGCCUACUUGUUGCUCCCACUUAGAAACAACCCCUUGGAAGGCCCCGCCCCGCAGUUUACUCCGCCCACUUGGAGUCUCCGCCCCGCAGUUCCUCUCGCCCCGCCCUCCCAGAGCGUCUCCUCUGCCACCGCCAUCUAAGAGGGUCGAGCUAAACGCGUCACCAGAGCCUGACUCCGCCCCGUGCUCACGGCUCCACCCAUAAGCGGCCCGCGGAGGCCCCGCCCCUCGCGUCAGAAACCCCAAGACCCGGCCGCCUGGAGGCGCCGCCCUGUAGAUCUUCUCCCCCGCGUGAGGGGCGGGGCUGCGACUGCGCGCUCGCGCGCCGGGAGGCUUCCGCGGCGGCCGUUGGCCGUUAGCGCGGCUUGGGUGGUUGUCUUGGAGAAGCAAGAUGGCGGCGACUACCGCCGCGGUGGUGGCCGAGGAGGACACGGAGCUGCGCGACCUGCUGGUGCAGACGCUGGAGAACAGCGGCGUGCUGAACCGCAUCAAGGCUGAACUCAGAGCGGCUGUGUUCUUAGCACUAGAAGAACAAGAAAAAGUAGAGAACAAAACUCCUUUGGUCAAUGAGAGCUUGAAAAAGUUUUUAAAUACAAAAGAUGGUCGUUUAGUGGCUAGUCUCGUCGCAGAAUUUCUUCAGUUUUUUAAUCUUGAUUUCACCUUGGCUGUUUUCCAUCCUGAAACUAGCACAAUUCAGGGUCUUGAAGGUCGAGAGAACUUAGCCCGGGAUUUAGGCAUCAUUGAAGCAGAAGGUACUGUGGGUGGACCCUUAUUAUUAGAAGUGAUUAGACGCUGUCAACAGAAAGAAAAAGGACCUACCAGUGUGGAAGGUGCACUGGAUCUGUCUGAUGGACAUCCUCCAUCAAAGUCACCUGAAGGAAAAACAAGUGCAAACUCCACCCCAAGUAAGAUACCAAGGUAUAAAGGACAAGGUAAGAAGAAGACAAGCGGUCAGAAGUCUGGUGACAAGAAGCCUAGCAGUGAGAUCAGUCAGAGUGAGCCAAGUGUCUCCUUGUCAGAGUCCAAGAGUAAAAGCAGCCUGCACUCACUGGCCCAUGAAACAAGAAUUGCAUCUUUCUUAAGCAGCAGCACUGCAGAUGCCAAAGACAAAAGUGCUCUUUGCCCAGAUGAAGAUGAUGUGGAAGGAGAUUCUUUCUUUGAUGAUCCCAUUCCUAAACCAGAAAAAACCUAUGGUUGGAGAAGUGAACCUAGGAAGCAAGUGGGAGGUCUGGCCUCACUAUCUGACAAACCCCACUUGAGGAGCGGUCUCAGCUCCCUGGCAGGAGCCCCUUCACUAACAGAUCCUGAGAGUAAAAGGGGAAGCACGGUCCUAAAGGAUCUGAAAUUGGUUGGUGAGAAGAUUGGAUCACUUGGGCUAGGGACUGGAGAAGAUGAGGACUAUGUUGAUGAUUUUAAUAGUGCUAGCCAUCGCUCAGAAAAAAGUGAGCUAAGUAUUGGUGAAGAAAUUGAAGAAGACCUUUCCAUGGGAAUAGAGGACGUGAACACCAGUGAUAAACUUGAUGACCUCACACAAGACCUGACUGUUUCCCAGCUCAGUGAUGUUGCUGACUAUCUGGAAGAUGUUGCAUAGACAGGAAAAGGAAGUAUUCUGAUCAACAGAGGGCAAACAACUCAUCGGCUCCAUUUUCCUCAGUCACUCUUGCUGGAAUGUCCGCUCCUGCUGGUGCCUUGCAUUUCAAAAAGACUGCAGAUAUUUUUAAAAGUUAACUUUUCAGUUUAGUAAACAAAUACUUCCUAUAUGAGCCCAUGUCUAGGAGAUUUAAUAUUCUUAAUUUGUUUUAGCUGCAUAUCGUAAAGGAGACCAUCUGUAGUCAGGCUCAUUAUAGCAAGGGAACCCUGAGAUAUCAGUGUUAAAGAGCAGAAAGAGGGUCAGUACAGCCAUGGUUUGUGCCACUAUGUGUCUGUGGCUGCUGUAGGGAUCUCUGAAACCAUAGCUUUAGCCAUUGAGAGCUCACCCACUUACUGUGUAUCAGGUGGAUUAGCCCAAAGUUGGUGAACUGACCUGGUAAAUCCGUGAUGCUAAAGAGUAUCAGUACAAGUUAAAUUGGAUCUCUGAACUUUAUUUUGUAUCUCCUUCUAUUUGGAAGGUUUGUUAGACCAUUAAGGUUAUAUUAAAGUACUCUGUACUAUUAGUUUUGCUUGUUUUAAACUAGAAAUGACUAGUACUCUUAAUUCAUAGACUUGUCAAUAACAAUUACCAGUUAUGGUCAUGUUCUUCCUGCUGUCUGUAAGCAGCUGUAGUCACAGAUUACUUCAUUACAGUCGUAAUUUAUUAUUUCUAAAAAUGCCUUGAAACAUUGAAUACCAAAAUGCAUCUGAAACCAUUAAGCAGUGCUUUUAUUUCAGAUCUGUAAGUUGAUUAUAUUUAAAUCCAAAUUGGAGUGAAAUAGUAGUAAUGGCCUAAGACCAUGUAUAUUCAGUUUGACAAACUUUGUAUACUGUACAUAAUUGCAUUGUAGACCUUUAAAAAUAAAACCAAUAAUAGAAUUUUUGGCAGAUUUAAUUUACACUGUUGUAUGUAGUGCUGCAGGGGUAUAGGCCACUGGCAUCUGUAAUGCUAAAGUAUUUAAAAUGUGCAAAUAGAGACUCAGCCCAAUACACUCAGUCAUACCACUAAAAAUUGGGACUGUGAGAAACGUAGAUGCAUUUUAUUUCAAUUUUGACUACUAAAAGCUACCUUUAUUAUUAAAAAGAGAAAUCGGAAAUCAUUGACCCAUGUUGAGUGAGUGAGCAGGCGCUGUGGUUUGUAUCAAAUGCCACUUUCCAGUCCAUAGUUGCCUAAGUACAGCAACAUGCAUCAGGCCGUACGUGUAGAGAAAAUGAAAAUGUAGUAAAGACUCAGGCUCUCUGACAGUAGAGUCUGGCUUUUAAAAGCCUAAGUGAAACUGAGCUAUAAUCAUCAAGAGGAAGUAGGACAGAAACAGAGGCAGCCUGAAGCCCUGGGCGCUUAUGUUCUCAGUCUGCCACAACAUGGUGCGCUGCCUCUUAGGAGCAGCACUGGAUGAAGAUGCAGUCUGCUUGUUAGAAGCUGCACUGCCCUGUGUCAUCUGUUUAGUACUGUGGAAAAGCCCUGGGGCUGCUGAGUAUCUGGAGUGUGGAUCAAAUGUUUGCUUUAAUAUUUGGUAGGCACUGCAGUUAGUGAACUGACCUGCGAGCAUGGCAAUUUUUAUAUUUGAGGAAGACUUUCCAACAGUCAAAUGUGAAAUUUGUCACUUUCUAUUACCCAGUGACUCACCUUUUGUAAGUCUUGAGAGGGUGGACAGAAAAGCCAGACUGCAGCUUCAUGGUCAGCACUACCUGCAGGUAUUGAAUAUUUCUAAAAAAUGUGAAAUUCAACAGGGAAGAAGUGGCUUCCACAGUAUUCCUUGCUUAGAUACUGUUUUUGUUUUUGUUUUUUUGUCUUUUCGAGACAGGGUUUCUCUGUAUAGCCCUGGCUUUCCUGGAACUCACUCUGUAGACCAGACUGACCUCAAACUCAGAAAUCCACCUGCCUCUGCCUCCCAAAUGCUGGGAUUAAAGGCAUGUGCCACCAUUGCCCAUUGCUUAUAUAUUGUUUACCUGUUAAACCUUAGUGUGUGAAAUUGCAUGUAAUAAAUGUUUCUUUGAAAAGUGAA